AUGGGAAAGGAUAACCCGGAUCUUGAGUUGCGUAGCAAAUUAUUGCAGCUUUCGGAAAUGUUUCCAGAUAUUCCCCUUGGCUAUAUCAAUGAAACGUUGGUUCUGAACAAGGGGGAUGCAGCUAGAACUACCGAUGAGCUGUUAAACUACAAAGUGACCGAAACCGAAAAAACGGUUCAGGCUAAAAAUUAUGGGGUGCCUUCUGAUACAGAUAAUGAAUCAGACCAUUCUGUUAGUAACAACAAUGAGAUAUAUGAUGACAAGAUGUCUGUAAAAGAGUUGAAGGAAUGGAUCCGAAGAAUUGAUUUCGUUGAAGAGGUAUUAGAUCUUCUCAAGCUUGAGGCCAAAUACAAGCCAUGGGUUGAAUAUUAUAGUGAACAGCACAAUUAUAAACUACUCGACACAGUGUCAAAAAUGAUUGAGAACUUUGAUCCGGAUCUGCCCCCUGAGAAACAGCAAACCAUCUCCUAUCGAACAUUGGCUACGGUGUCAAAGAUGCAGGAUCAUUCUGAUGACCAAAAUUCCUCUAGAAUACCUGUAGAUCAGGUGGAAUUGUCCCCAGAUCCGAUUAUUCAGAAACAGUCUGCAGCACAUCUUUUGGCAAAGGUCAAGGCCACUACUUAUUCUAAAAUACAAGGAGGUUAUACAGUAAUAAGGCCUUCGGCUAAGCAGCAGAAAAAUGAAAUAGUGGCCAAAUCUGUCAAGGUUGACAUGGGUUCAGAGAGUAUGAAGGAACUCAUCGCUAUACGUGAAAGUAAUGUCGUAUUACUGAGACUUCCAAUGAGUUUUUAUGUGAAUGGGAUGAGAUUCUUUGAGAAUAGCGUGGAAGCGGUAAUUUACGUGGCGUCUGUGGUUGCACCGUUGGCUCCUUUUGCUCCUGAAACUCCAAUUCCUGAUAAAUUAUACUCUAAGGAGAUAAUGGCGACGGCAGCUCCAAAACAGCCUCCCAAAAGCGACUGUUGCUGGAGCAAUCGACAUCCCGUUAUUUCGGAAAGGGGGCCAUCAUUUGACAAUCUUCUGUCGAGCGCUAAAAGGAUGCAGAGCAAGGCUGCCAUGUGCAAUGACAAGAAGAUCAAACCAAUAUAUGCAUCCACAGCUUCAGAAAAGUACCGCGAAGCAUUCAACUCUUUGCAGAGUGGCCAAGCAAGGGAGAUUAGAGCAAAGGUUGAACAAUCAAAGCAAACGAAUCAAAUCGAUCUUCAUGGACUACUAGUGGACAGUGCGCUUCAAUGUUGUAAAGAAGCAGUAAGCAGUUGGUGGCAGGAUGAAAUCAAUGCUAGAGUUAUACACGGUGAUAGCCUUAGGCCAGAGAAAGCUGUACAUGUGGAAUACUUUCGAGUCGUUACGGGUCGCGGCAUGCAUAGUGCUGGGGGAGUUCCAAGGAUAAAGCACUCAGUUAGGAAGUACCUCACACGAAGUCAUUACAUAUUUGAAGAAGAAUCAUCUGCGCUCAUCGUGCGAGGUAAGAGGCACUAA